GCAACAAUCGGGCCGCGGCCCCGCCCGCCUCGCCGGUGCUGGAAAGGGCCUCCCCGCCCCUCCGGGGCCCCAGACACUCACGAGUCACCCCAGCUUCUGGGUCUCUGAGAAGCGGAGACGUUCUAGACAAGCGAGGAUCCCUUCUCUCCCGUGUGACCGUGGAGGAGGACGAUGAAUGAGGUGAAAGAAUCCCUUCGUGGCAUCGAGCAGAAGUACAAGCUGUUCCAGCAGCAGCAAUUCACCUUCAUUGCUGCUCUGGAGCACUGCAGGGAGAACGCCCACGACAAGAUCCGGCCCAUCUCUAGCAUCGAACAGGUGCAGAGCUACAUGGAACACUACUGCAACAACUCCACGGACCGGCGGAUUCUGCUCAUGUUCCUGGACAUCUGUUCGGAGCUGAACAAGCUCUGCCAGCACUGCGAGGCCCUGCACACUGGCACCCUGGUCACCAACAACCUCCUCGAGAAAGGCAAAACCCUUGUUAGCCAAAGCAACGACUUAAGCAGCCUUAGGGCAAAAUAUCCCCACGACGUGGUGAACCAUCUCAGCUGCGACGAGGCCAAGAACCACUACGGAGGCGUGGUCAGCCUCAUCCCCAUCAUCCUAGACUUAAUGAAAGAAUGGAUCGCCCACUCGGAGAAGCUGCCCCGCAAAGUGCUGCAGCCUGUGAGUGAGCCCCGGGCACACCAGGAAACCACUGGGAGAGCCACUCGUCCUGUCCAGACCACAGGCACCCAGCCUUGGUUCAGAGAACACAAGUAUAGGCAACUCACAAAAGACAGGGGCAAAGACAAAGGAUGUUCCAAACCUCCCUGGAGACCACCUGGUGGGAAACUGUAACUCAAAGCCAGGGAGCUGCUCUGUGGAGGGGUGCUUUGUUACGGAAUUUGCUUUCUACUGGUUGACCCAUUUGCUUUGGUGCCCAUAGUCCCUGUCACUUACUAAUCCCAAAAGAGAUCAGCCAAUACAUUACUGAGAAUCUCUCUCCCUCUCUUGCUUUAACUUCUAACUUUUCCGCCUCUAAGUGUCAGGCUCUGUGCUGAUGAAGAGGAUCUCCACUUACACGAGUUGCCCAAAGUGUGGUGUUGGUAGAGGGUGUCCCAGGAAGGCUGGUAACGAGGAAAGGCACUGAGCUGCACCCCCAGGUCCUCCCUGAGCCACACCCACCACAGUGCCAGGCCUGGCCACGCUGUGGGCCCCAGCUUUGCAGCGAGCUGUCAAGCUGGAGGAGACCACCUAGCUCCUUGCCCCCCCAACCAGCCACAACUGUAGGCAAGGCACGCGCUCUGUCUGCCAGACAGGAUGCUCCCGCCUCCAGGAUGAAGUGAGGGUCAGCAAAUCGAACUCCUCAGUGUCUUUAGUUCUCUGGACCAAAGCCAAAGGGGAAUGAACCCAUCUCUCCCACUCCUUCACUUGGGAGAGGGGGACCAUGCCAGAGGCUGGAAGAAUUCUGAUUUUAUGGCUCCUGUACAAGGACAAUGUCCUGGUUUUCACAUCAUAGUCAAUCCCCAAACAUUAUAAAAUGUGUCCCUGGCUUCUGAACUUGCCCAAAGUAAGUCUGACUGUUGGUUUUUCCCUUCACAGGGGACGACUUAGCUUCUGUAUUGUUGGUUCCUCAGGGGGAGACAGUCAAGAAUAAAAAGUGUUCUACCACC